UCCUGCUGAGUGCAGUCUGCUCCCAUACUCCCAGCAGCCGUGAGGAGAGGAGAGGCAGUCCUGUCUCUGAGAGAGGGAGACGGAGGGAGAGAGAGGCGGAGGGGGCAGAGGAAGAAGGGAGAGCAGCGAGAGAGUUUUUUGGACGUUAAGGAAACAGAGGGAGCCAGGAGAGGGAAGCGGCAACGUACCCUGUUGGAAUACAGCAAGAAGGAGCAGCGCUUCAGGGAAAGAGCGUUUUCUAGCGGGGGCAGGCAAAGAUGGAGGCCAAGAGCGAUCCCCCGAUGAUGUCCUUCAUCAUGGACGAGGAGGAGCUGAAGAGGAAGCAGAGAGAGAAGCUGAAGAAGCUACAGGCCACGGGGGGCAACCCCCGCCCCGCUCGUUCCCUCUUCUUCUUCACACUGAAGAACCCCUUCCGCAAGGCCUGCAUCAACAUCGUGGAGUGGAAACCCUUUGAAAUCAUCAUCCUGUUGACCAUCUUUGCCAACUGCGUGGCUCUGGCCGUAUUCCUGCCCAUGCCUGCGGAAGACACCAACAACACCAACUCCAACCUAGAGAGUCUGGAAUACAUCUUUCUGAUCAUUUUCACGUUAGAGUGCUUUCUCAAGGUAGUGGCGUACGGGUUUCUGUUCCACGAAGGAGCCUAUUUACGGAACUGCUGGAACAUACUCGACUUCAUCAUCGUGUUCAUGGGGCUUUUCACUCUUGCCCUGGAUACCAUUAAUAAAAUCUCCGGAGCCCCGGUGGAGAAAGGAGGUGGUUUCGACAUGAAGGCCCUGAGAGCCUUCAGAGUCUUGAGGCCUCUGCGCCUCGUCUCCGGAGUCCCCAGCCUUCAGGUGGUGAUGAACUCCAUCCUCAAGGCCAUGCUGCCCCUAAUGCAUAUCGCCCUGUUGGUGUUCUUCAUGGUCACCAUCUAUGCCAUCGUGGGCCUGGAGCUCUUUAAGUGUAAGAUGCACAAGACCUGCUACUACACUGGAACAGAGAUCAUAGCGACGGUGGAGAAUGAGAAGGCCUCCCCGUGCGCCCAGGCAGGAAAUGGCCGUCGCUGCACCAUAAACGGCACAGACUGCCGAGCCAGCUGGCCGGGGCCCAAUCACGGCAUCACUCACUUCGACAACUUCGGCUUCGCCAUGCUUACCGUCUACCAGUGCAUCACCAUGGAGGGCUGGACUGACGUGCUCUACUGGGUGAACGAUGCGAUCGGUAACGAGUGGCCUUGGCUCUACUUCGUGACCCUCAUCCUCCUGGGCUCCUUCUUCGUGCUCAAUCUGGUGCUGGGCGUGCUGAGCGGAGAGUUCACUAAGGAGCGAGAGAAGGCUAAAUCGCGAGGCGAGUUCCAGAAGCUGCGGGAGCGGCAGCAGCUUGAUGAGGACCUGAAGGGCUACAUGGAGUGGAUCACUCAGGCGGAGGUCAUGGACAAUGACCAGGAAGGACAAGGACUUCUCCCACUGGAAGAAGGAGGCUCAGAAACAGACAGUCUGUAUGAGAUGGAGGGCAUGAACCGCAUUGUUUACUACUUCCGCCGCUGGCGUCGCUGGAACCGCUUCUUCCGCCGAAAGUGCCACGUCUGGGUGAAGUCCAAGGUCUUCUAUUGGCUGGUGAUCCUGCUCGUCUUCCUCAACACCCUGGCCAUUGCCACCGAGCACCAUCACCAACCUGAUUGGCUCACCAAUGUGCAAGACAAUGCCAACAAGGUGCUGCUGUCGCUGUUUGCCAUUGAGAUGUUUCUGAAGAUGUAUGCCCUGGGCUUGCCGGCCUACAUGAUGUCCCUGUUCAACCGCUUUGACUGCUUUGUGGUGUGUAUCGGCAUCCUGGAGAUCAUCCUGGUCCAGGUGGAUGUGAUGUCACCGCUGGGGAUCUCUGUGCUGAGGUGUAUCCGCCUGCUACGACUCUUCAAGGUCACAAAGUACUGGACGUCGCUAAGCAACCUGGUCGCCUCCCUGCUGAACUCGGUGCGCUCCAUCGCCUCCCUGCUCCUCCUCCUCUUCCUCUUCAUUGUCAUCUUCUCCCUCCUGGGCAUGCAGGUGUUUGGCGGCAAGUUCAACUUCCCGGACCAGGAAGUGCGGCGCAGCAAUUUCGACAACUUCCCUCAGGCACUCAUCAGUGUCUUCCAGAUCUUGACUGGAGAAGACUGGAACUCACUGAUGUACAAUGGAAUCAUGGCCUAUGGGGGACCGCACAUCCCUGGAAUCCUGGUCUGCAUUUACUUCAUUAUUCUCUUCGUCUGUGGAAACUACAUCCUCCUGAAUGUCUUCUUGGCCAUUGCCGUGGACAACCUGGCGGAGGCGGAGAGCCUCACAUCAGCGCAGAAGGAGAAAGCCGAGGAGAAGAAGCGCAAGAAGCUUCUCAGGGCCACACUACCUGAUAAGUCAGAGGAGGAGAGGGCUCUACUGGCCAAAAAGCUGGCUGAGCAGAGAGCAAAGGCAGAGGGGAUUCCAACCACAGCUAAGCUUAAAGUGGACGAGUUUGAAUCAAAUGUCAAUGAGGUUAAGGACCCAUUCCCCCCAGCUGAUUUUCCUGGUGAUGAUGAAGAGGAGGAGCCUGAGAUUCCCCUGAGCCCCAGGCCACGGCCAAUGGCAGACCUGCAGCUGAAGGAGAAGGCGGUGCCUAUGCCAGACGCCAGCUCCUUCUUCAUCUUUGGACCACAGAACAAGUUUCGCAAGGUGUGUCACCGGAUCAUUAACGCCACAACCUUCACCAACUUCAUCUUGCUCUUCAUCCUGCUGAGCAGUAUCUCCCUGGCGGCCGAGGACCCCAUUGAUCCACUGUCCUUCAGGAACAAGAUCUUGGCCUACGCUGACAUUGUCUUCACUUCCGUGUUCACUGUUGAAAUCGUGCUCAAGAUGACCACAUAUGGUGCCAUCCUGCACAAGGGCUCCUUCUGCCGGAACUCCUUUAACAUCCUAGACCUGAUUGUGGUGGGCGUGUCCCUCCUCUCCAUGGGAAUGGAGUCCAGUGCCAUUUCAGUCGUGAAGAUUCUCAGGGUGUUGAGGGUUCUGAGACCCCUGCGAGCCAUCAACCGAGCCAAGGGGCUGAAGCACGUGGUUCAGUGCGUGUUUGUGGCCAUCAAGACCAUUGGGAAUAUUGUCCUGGUUACCAUGCUGCUGGACUUCAUGUUCGCCUGCAUCGGUGUCCAGCUCUUCAAGGGCAAAUUCUUCAGUUGCACUGACCCCUCAAAGAUAACUGAGGCGGAGUGUCAGGGAACCUUCAUCAUUUACAAGGAGAACGCCCUGCAGGACAUGGAGAUCCGGCCGCGCGAGUGGGUCAACAACGACUUCAACUUUGACAACGUGCUGAACGGCAUGCUGGCGCUCUUCACUGUGUCCACGUUCGAGGGCUGGCCACAGCUGCUGUACAAAGCCAUCGACUCAGAUGUGGAGGACAUGGGACCUGUCUACAACAAUCGUGUGGACAUCUCCAUCUUCUUCAUCAUCUACAUCAUCCUCAUCGCCUUCUUCAUGAUGAACAUUUUUGUGGGCUUCGUCAUCGUCACCUUCCAGGAGCAGGGAGAGCAGGAGUACAAGAAUUGCGAGCUAGACAAGAACCAGCGCCAGUGCGUUCAGUACGCGCUGAAAGCCCGGCCGCUCCGUUGCUACAUUCCCAAGAACCCGUACCAGUACCAGGUGUGGUACGUGGUGACGUCGUGCUACUUUGAGUACCUGAUGUUCUUUCUCAUCAUGCUGAACACCAUCUGCCUGGGUAUGCAGCACUGUAACCAGUCGGACCAUGUGACUAAACUGUCCGACACUCUGAAUUUGAUCUUCACUGUGCUCUUCACUAUUGAGAUGAUCCUCAAACUCAUGGCCUUCAAAGCCAGGGGCUAUUUCGGAGACCCCUGGAAUGUGUUUGACUUCCUCAUCGUCAUCGGGAGCAUUGUGGAUGUCAUCCUCAGUGAGAUUGACUCUGCUCUGGCUGCCAGCGGCGGACUGUACUGUCUCCACGGCUGUGCUGAGACAAACCCCAUGCAGGCCAUAGCGGACGCUGAGAACGCACGUGUCUCGAUCACGUUCUUCCGGCUCUUCCGUGUCAUGCGGUUGGUGAAGCUGCUGAACCGAUCGGAGGGCAUACGGAACCUGCUGUGGACCUUUAUCAAGUCCUUCCAGGCGCUGCCUUAUGUUGCCCUCCUCAUCGUCAUGCUCUUCUUCAUCUACGCCGUCAUCGGGAUGCAGGUGUUUGGUAAAAUAGCUCUUGUGGACGGAACGCAAAUCAACCGAAACAACAACUUCCAGACGUUCCCUCAAGCUGUGCUAUUACUAUUCCGCUGUGCCACGGGGGAGGCCUGGCAGGAGAUAAUGCUGGCCAGCAUGUACGGGAAGCUGUGUGACCCAAAGUCAGACUACCUACCUGGGGAGGAGUACACCUGUGGGUCCAACUUCGCUGUCUUCUACUUCCUGAGCUUCUACAUGCUCUGCGCCUUCCUGAUCAUCAAUUUGUUUGUGGCAGUCAUUAUGGACAACUUUGACUACCUGACACGUGAUUGGUCAAUCCUUGGUCCCCAUCACCUUGAUGAGUUUAAGAGAAUCUGGGCAGAGUAUGACCCUGAAGCCACGGGGAGAAUCAAGCACUUGGAUGUGGUGACUCUACUGCGGAGGAUCCAGCCACCUUUGGGCUUCGGAAAGUUCUGCCCUCAUCGCUCAGCAUGCAAGCGUUUGAUAUCUAUGAACAUGCCACUGAACAGCGAUGGUACGGUCACCUUCAAUGCCACACUGUUUGCCCUGGUCAGGACAGCCCUCAAGAUCAAGACCGAAGGUAAUUUUGAGCAGGCCAAUGAGGAGCUACGAGCCAUCAUAAAGAAGAUCUGGAAACGGACCAGUAUGAAGCUGCUGGACCAGGUCAUUCCCCCCAUCGGAGAUGACGAGGUGACGGUGGGCAAGUUCUACGCCACCUUCCUCAUCCAGGACCACUUCCGCAAGUUUAUGAAGCGCCAAGAGGAAUACUAUGGGUACCGACCCAAAAAGAAGAGCGCUGCAGAGAUACAGGCGGGCCUGCGGAGCAUCGAGGAGGAGGCAGCCCCAGAGCUCCACCGGGCGAUCUCGGGCGACCUGAUGGCGGAGGAGGAGAUGGACCAGGCCAUGGAAGAGGGUGCAGAGGAGGGCAUUUACAGGCGAACCGGUGGCUUGUUUGGAAACCAUGUGGACCCCUUCCAUAUGGAGCCAAGCAGCCCCCUGCCCACCCAGGUGACCAGCCAGCGCCCCCUGCAGUUCUCUGAGGCUCGUCCCGAGGAUGUGGAAUCACCCCCUGACUCCGUCUUCCUUCAAAACACUGAGUUCUUCCCCCCAGAGCCCCCAAAAAGCAACACCAACAACAACAAUUUCAACUUCAACAACAGCACCACAGGGUUUUCUUAUGAGAGAGAGGGCAGCAUUGAGCUUCAGGACAUUGAUGAAACCAUCGAGCCCUGGAGUGAAGGACGCUGCACAGGAAACCCCUCACCAUCCCCCACUGAUGACUUCCCCCCGGAGGACAACAGGGGCAGAUUCUCGGAGAUCAUCGUGAGGACAGACGUCACUCAGUUCCCUUACCGCCCUCACAUCCACCAAGCUGAGGGGCAGACUGCUGCUGACCAGCUUAUUCAGGAGGCUCUGACUGAUGGCGGUGUGGACGUCCUGGCGCGAGACCCAACAUUUGUGGCAGUAACCAAGCAGGAAAUGGCCGAAGCAAUGGAUAUCACUGUGGAUGACAUUGAGGGGGCGGCUGCGGGCAUUCUGAACGGGCGCAAGGGCCACGUGGUCAAACGGAAGCGCCGCCCUAUCCCCACUCCUCCCUCCCAACAGCAAGCAGAGUCACAUGACCGCGACAUAGCUGAUAGCCAGGUGUAGUCCCUGUUGCCAUGAUGGUGUGACAAGUUUUGAAGGUGACAUUACAGGAUUUUGAAGCCUGAUUGGUUGCCUUGGACUGAAAAUAAGCCCAGACUGGCUGACUAGUGCUCCUUUAAGAUAUUGACUGCAGAUUUAUUUCAAGCAGAACUGGGGCACCAGCACAGAAAAAGUCUGCCCAUCAUCCCCCUUCCUUCAGUCCUAGGUUUAUUUAAUGAAAUAAAAACAGUAAAU